AGGAGGAAAUAAUAAAGAAAGAAACUCCUUUCAGCUUCAGCACUAAAACUCUCCAAUUGUUUUGUUAUUCCUUGUUUCGUUCUUUUUAAUUAAGCAAAAAUAUUUGCGUGAUGUGAUGUGAAGUAAAAUAUGAUGAGGCAAAUCUGAUUGAGUAAAUAUACAUCUUCCGCUGCUGCUGUCAAGACAAAAAUAACCAGCAAGAUGACCAUGGAGUCGGACGGAGGGGGGUCACCUUCCUCCUCCGCCUCCUCCUCUUCCUCCCAACCAUACGAUGCUGGUGCCGUCGAUUUUGUUCUAAAGCAUGGAAUUGGAGUUUGUGCCUCUGUGGAGGAGAUUCGACCAGCUUUCAUGUCCAUGGGACUCCAAAAGUUGACGCCACCAGCGGUCGCCAGGAUAAUCAACGGCUUUUGGAAAGCAUACGAUCUCACACAAACAUCGAGUGAUGGGACCACCUGGGGAGAUGGAGGAGGCAACAAAGAUAAGACAGAUUCUGUUAAUUGGAGUUUGAAACCAUUUGUGCAAGCCACGAUAGAACUUGUGCCAAGUCUGUCGUGGAAGGACGUUAUUCGAGAACUAGAUUUCUCAGGGUUGUACAUUCGAGAUGGGAAGGGAUUCAGGGCAUUUAUGGAAGGACUCAAAUAUGGGAUACAAGUCCAAUCCCAGUCUAGAAACGAUCAAUUCCCUAUUGAACUAUUCUACAGAAGGUGGGUGAAUGCUGGUGUAGAUGCACAAAUCUACUUCUUUAAAGCCGCCCUAAACCCCAAUAAUUUCGACUCGUUCUAUCUGCUCGACCACCCUCAUCAUGCUGUGCCCACGGAAAUGCUAAAAACGAGUGGAGACAAGAGCUACGAUGUCAAGGAAAUUGCGAUAUGGAAAUCAAUCGAAUUGCUUGACAUCCUCCUCAGCCUCUCGGACGCUGGAAGUUACCCAAUUAUUCAAGAUUUGUUCCAGUUUCCAAUUAUACAUUGUCCCGAUCUCCUCCUCCUGGGUCUAGCUCAAAUGUCGUCUCCCGUCAACGUCCUGCGCCAGGAGAUGAUUGCAGCAUUGUUACCAAUUUUCUUUGGGAACCAUAUCAAUUCUGGUGUUAUUCUGCAGUAUAUUUGGCACAAUGGGUCUAGCUCGCUUAGAACAAUUAUGAUCCAUUCGAUGGCCGAAUGGUAUCUUCGUGGCGAAAACGACCAAACUAAGCUCUCCAGAAUAUUGGACAUUGCUCAAGAUUUGAAAGCUUUACAACUGCUUCUUAACGCCUCCUCCCACGUAUUCAUAAUAGAUUUAGCAUGCUUAGCAUCCCGUCGAGAGUUCCUAAAGCUAGAUAAGUGGCUUUCGGACAAUGUUAGAGAACACGGUGAACCAUUUGUGGCAUCAAUUGUGAAAGUGUUGAAACGCAGAGUGCCCUUUAUUCUCGGGAAAGAAGAUAACAUUCCCAAAACUGCGCAACUCCCUCCUGAAACUAUUGGUGUUGUAAUGCAGUGUUUAAAUCAGUGUGUUGGAAAAGUUAAUCAAGAACUCAGUGAUACGAUCCUAGCAAUUGGUAAUAGUUAUUCGAACCUCAUUGGUAGAUCGAGACCCCCAUCUGGGCCUCCUCCCCCUCCCGGAGUGUUGCGACCACCCCAUCGAAACAUUAAUAACCCAGACUCGGCAUUUAAUCCUUCAUCCGCACCUGGCCAGUUAUUUCCGUCAAGUGAUCCAUUGUCAUCCGGAUUUGGAGGACUUAAUAUAUCUGGGAAUGCAGCAGCAAGUGGUGGGGGUGGAGGAGGAGCAAAUUUUGGUUUCAAUCCACUCGGAGGAGGACAGACUCCUGGCUCCCCAUCAAGAUUACUCGGACCUGGAUUCAACUCUCAAAAUCCGGCCGCAUCAGCGUCUUAUCCAAUUCUAUCAAGCCUCCAACUCGGUCCAAACACAGGCGCUCCGAACGUUGCUGCAGUCUCUGCUGCCCUGAUGAGUGGGAUUAACAAUUCAAUGGGCAUGGGAAUGCUUGGUGGUCGACUGGGUCAAAAUCUACAAGGACCUGCGGGCGGUGGAGGAUCUAAUGCAAUUGGCAACAAUGGUGCGUCCAUCGAUAAGAGAAGUGGGCUUCCCGACGCGACACUCUUGUUCACCGAGAUGCAAGGAGAAAUCUCCAAGGAGGCAGAAGACGAGGCAAACAAUUACUUUCAUAGAAUUUAUAGUAAACCUCCAGAUCCUACAAUGACGAUUAAUGAAGUUCUCGACCUGCUUAAACGUUUUCAAGAGUCGAGUGUUCGCAAAGAGCGAGAAGUAUUUACCUGCAUGCUCCGGAACCUUUUCGAAGAGUACAAAUUCUUUCCACAAUAUCCAGACAAGGAACUCCACACAACUGCACAAUUAUUUGGGGGAAUUAUUGAACACGGUUUGGUAACGACAUAUUUGCAACUUGGUGUAGCACUCCGAUUUGUCGUUGAUGCACUCAAGAAGCCUCCUGGUAGCAAAAUGUAUUUUUUCGGUCUCGCUGCUCUGGAAAGAUUCAAAAACAGACUGAAAGAGUAUCCCCAGUAUUGUCAACAUUUAUCUAGCAUCCCCCACUUUCAAGAAUUCCCUCCUCAUCUCAUUGAUUAUGUUGAUUCUGGAACAAGAUCUCAAGAGCCGCCACGUCCUCGGACAGCAUCAGGUGGUGGUCCUCUUCAGCCUCCAGUAACAACUACGUCAUCAUCAUCGUCAUCAUCUGCACAACAUCCCCCUGGAACAAAUGCCGCUGGUGUUGGAAGCAAGGGAAUGUCAAACUCGGGUCCUGGUGUGAUUGCGCCAAAGUCAGGAAGUACUACUGCUUCCUCUGUUUCAUCUGCUGCAGCUGCCAGUGCUCCAGGCCCAGGACCUUCAAUCGCAGGACGACCAUCGAUUGCAAACGCUACCAAUAUAUCCACUUUGCUGGUAGCAACAGAAAAGGACGAGAAAAUAACCCCACCACCUGAAGUGAUACAAGAUAAAACUGCCUUCAUUUUCAACAACUUGAAUCAAAUGAACUUGCCUCAAAAAUCUGAAGAAUUGAAGGAAGUUGUGGGGACAGAUUACUGGCCGUGGAUAUCUCAGUACCUCGUCAUGAAGCGUGCAAGCAUAGAACUCAACUUUCACAACCUGUACAGCAACUUGUUGGACACUCUUAAAGCCAAAGAGUUGACCAUCCACGUUCUGAAGGAGACUCAUCGGAAUAUAAAAAUUUUGCUAAAAACAGACAAGUCUGCUGGCAACUUUUCAGAUCGAGCCUUAUUAAAGAAUCUUGGGCACUGGCUGGGCAUGAUUACACUGCUCCGAAAUAAACCCAUCAUUUUAGACGAUUUGGAUAUCAAGAGUUUGAUAAUUGAGUCUUAUCGAAAAGGAUUACAAGAUCUGCUCUAUGUCGUUCCAUUCGCAGCCAAGAUUAUGGAAAGCUGUGCCAGAAGCAAAGUCUUUUGUCCGCCAUGUCCAUGGACGAUGGGAAUUCUCAACGUACUGGCCGAAUUACAUCAGGAGCCCGAUAUGAAACUUAACUUAAAGUUUGAAAUCGAAGUUCUCUGCAAAUCUUUAGGCAUUGAAAUUAGAGACUUGAAACCAAAUGGGAUAUUGAAGGAUGAAAAUAUCUUCAAGAUUGAUAUAUAUCAGUUGAGCUACCAAACAUCUUCCGACAAACGUAACAUUGCGGCUUCUCUUCCAAUAGAGCAGUCCAGUCAGGCAAAACCAUUGAACGACAUGAGUCAAAGCCAAACACACCACCAUCUUCCCAACGCCCCGACACCACAAAAUAUGGAAGACAUUUCAUCAAUCCUAUCCACAUCCCCACAUCAUCUUCAACCGGUGAUGAUGACGGGAUUAUCGUCCACGCCCACUCUUCCCACUAAUGCUCCAGAGCCCAAGUUUGCAUUCAUGGACAUCGAUACCGCGAAUUUGCCUGCUCUCUUGGCUAAUGUUGUCAUAAAUGCUCAGAUCCCACUUUUACAAACUAAUCCACAGUUGAAGCAAUCAAUACGGACUUCCAUUGAAAAGGCCAUCCAAGAUCUUGUUGCUCCUGUCGUAGAUCGAUCCAUCAAGUACACAAUCAAUGCGUGUGAACAGGUCAUCAAAAAGGACUUUGCCUUGGACUAUGAAGAGGGCAGAAUGCGAGCAGCAGCACAUCAUAUGAUGCGUUAUCUCACGGCUGGGAUGGCUAUGAUUACAUCACGAGAUCACAUUUUCGUUGGAAUAACAAACAAUCUCAAGAGUUCCUUCACAACUCAGUUGACUGCUGCUGUUGCUGAUCGACAACCCAUGAAGGACAUGAUUGAACAAGCAUCUUCAUUGAUCGCUGGCGAUAAUAUGGAAAUUGCAUGCGUGUUCAUUCAAAAGGCCGCAGUGGAGAAAGGUCUGGUCGAGAUUGAUAAGAAGUUAUCAUCCGAGUAUGAAAUUAGAAAACAAGCAAAACUUGAAAACAGGAGAUAUUACGACUCCAAUAUGAUGAACUUUCAAGUGGAAAGAAUACCAGAACAAAUUCGGGUUAAACCACCGCAGCCCGGUGGACCUGUUAGUCAACAAUUGGCAGUAUAUGAAGAUUUCUCGAGAAACAUCCCUGGAUUCAUUCCACCUGCAGAAGGAGAUGCGCCUUUCUUAAAUCCCAGAUUUUCAGGAGGUAUGCCUCCCACUGGUAGUGCUGGAGCACUUCAGCCAGCCAAUACGUCUGGAGGCGCUGCUCAGAACCCACCAGGCACUGGAGAAGACUUGAUGUCCAUCUACGAAAAAUUGGUCACCGAAAUGGAGAACUACUUACAAGGAUUGGCAUUGUCACAUUCCCCUGCGAGCCCACAAUUGGCCCAAGGAGUAAAAAACUUGAUGGACGCAAUUUGCCUAGUUCGACAAUCUCAGAGCGUGGUUGCUGCCAUCACUUUACUGCAAAAGUCUGUCGAAGGACUAUUGGAAGGCUUAACUGCUUUUCCUAACGAUCCAGAAAUUAUCAGAUAUCGAGAUGCUCAUUUGAUGGUCCUCAAAGGUCUCCAGGAUGAACGUGGCUUUGGACAAACUUGGGUCAAUCGACAAGUUACCAAAUGCGUGAUUGAAAGUCGUCCAGAAAUCAAGUACAAUGUUGAUGCUGUGGACACAUUGAUUCGAGCCAAUUUGGUGAAUAUGAUUCAGUUUGAUGCUCAUCUGUCCAAUGCUAUGGAUAAAGGCACCAACGUCUUGGCUGUCAACUUUGCGAUGCAACUAGUUCAAAUGUACCUCGUCGAUGAGAGAUAUAACACCGUGGUCACCGUCACCGAAAGCGACUUGUAUCACACUGUCGACAUGCUGUCCCGCGUGGCUACCGUUAAUCGCCAGCAUCCUGAGGGUCUAAUCCAUUUGAUUGAGGUUUUGAGGAACCAUGAAGCACCCAACUUUGUAGGUGGAGGUCAAGUUGCACUUCAAACUCCCUCAAACCUGCAUGUGGCACCGGUAAAUGCAACUAGAGAAUUUGACGAUUCACAAGGGUUGGUAGAAAAAUCGGAAAUGUUGUUCCGAGAGUGGAUUCGUCUAUAUGUCACACAAGGCUCGCCCAGGGAUUCAAAUAAAGCGUUUGCAUCGUUCAUUCAUGAUCUUAAUGCUUCUGGAAUCUUAAAAUCGGACGAUAUAAUCACCCGUUUCUUCCGAGUGUGUAUUCAGUUUUGUGUGAGCCAAGUGUACCAAGGUCUUCAAGCUGCAAAGGCAUCUUUACCUUCAACGCCCCUUGUUAGGACGAAGUGUUAUCAAUCUGUGGAUGCAUUAGUGCGCCUAGUUGCUUUAUUAAUCAGACAUAUUGGUGAUAACUCUACCACACAACCCAAAAUUAAUCUAUUGAACAAGUUUUUGGGGAUCGUAGCCGGAUUGCUGAUUCAAGAUCACGAUAUUCAAAAGCAGGAUUUUCAACAACUCCCGUUUCAUCGUCUCUUUAUAAUGUUAUUUCAAGACUUGAACCAAUCUGACCCUGUAUUUGACACUAUUGGAACGCAGAUUCUUGCUGGUUUCAGUAACAUCCUUCAUAUUCUCAGUCCACUCAAAGUGUCUGGAUUUGUAUAUGCCUGGCUGGAAAUUAUUGGAAACCGAACUUUUAUCGCAAGAAUGCUUGCCCUUGCUGCUGAUCAUAAAUGCUGGGCAAUGUACUGCCAACUCCUUCUCGAUCUUUUCAAAUUUCUUCAACCGUAUUUGAGAAAUGCAGAUUUGGCAAAGCCAGUCGCCACAUUGUACAGAGGAACGCUGAGAGUUUUGCUCGUGAUUUUACAUGACUUUCCUGAUUUCUUAUGCGACUAUUGUUACCACUUCUUGGAUGCCAUUCCUCCAAACUGUAUCCAAAUGAGAAACCUGGUCUUAUCUGCCUUCCCCAGAAAUAUGAGGCUUCCUGACCCAUUCACAGCAAAUUUGAAAUUUGAAAUGUUAGCAGAUACUGCAGUUGCACCUCGAGUGCUUCUUAAUGUCGGCGGAAUGAUUCAACCAGCAAAAUUCAAGGCGGAUUUGGAAUCCUACUUAAGAACAAGGGCUCCUGUGACAUUCCUUUCCGAAUUGCGAACAAAUUUGCAGGUGUCGAACGAACAUGGCACGAGAUAUAAUAUCCCACUCCUGAAUGCUCUAGUAUUGUUCGUGGGCACACAACACAUCAAUGCUAUUCGAACAAGGGGUCAAACUCCAAGCAUGUCCACAAUUGCGCACACCUCACACAUGGACAUUUUCCAAAAUUUGGCUGUGGAUUUGGACACUGAAGGCCGAUAUCUGUUCCUGAAUGCAUUAGCCAACCAGCUGAGAUAUCCUUCCAGCCACACCCACUACUUUAGUCUCGUAAUCCUGUACCUGUUUGCCCACUCCAACACCGAAGUUGUCCAAGAGCAAAUCACAAGGGUGUUGCUUGAGCGACUGGUGGUGAAUCGUCCACAUCCUUGGGGACUUUUAGUAACCUUCAUUGAGCUCAUCAAGAACGGGGCUUAUAAAUUUUGGGCCCAUGAGUUUGUUCACUGUGCACCAGAAGUUAUCAAGCUUUUUGAAAGCGUGGCCAGGUCCUGCAUGGUCACUAAGAACACCCCAGUCCCAGUUGGGUCGUCAGGACAGCCUGUCCUAAAUUUGUCGACCAAUCCACCACCCAUUUCUACAAGUCUAAUGUCGAUGGAUUCCGUAGAUAUUCUAAGCCUAGAAUAAAAAUGUAAAAGUACCCAAAUAAUUAUGUUCAAAGUUUAAAGUAGUGAACGUUCAAUGUUCAUAGUGAUGAUAUUUAAUAAUGACCAUUAUUAUUAUACUAAUUACUCUCUUGUCCCGGUUACUACUAUUGUAAGUGUAGUGAGUUUUAACUUAACCACUAGAAUUUUUAAAUGCGCUGACUGAUGCAUUACACGUUGGCCGUGCUUAUUCUUUUGUUAACUAGCUAAUUAGAAAUUGAAGAUUGAUUGAUUAAUGUAGUAAGACGAAUUUAAGUCGAGUCUUUGUUAGGAUAAAAGUAUUUCUGUUGUUGGCAGACUGACCUAUGACUGACGGAUAAAGCAGACAUUUUGUUGUAGAUGAAUAAAAUAUGUAUUUAAGACUCGUUCGAUACUCAACAAAGAAGUAAGAUUUGAAUAUUUUGGCAGCCACACACAUAGCAUAUUGUAAUUAUAAUCAGGGUUGAUGAAUGAAUGAAUUGUAUUGAGUUGAGUUGAGAGUCAUAAUAAUUUAAAAUUUACUUAUUAGAGUUGCAUGCCUUAAUUAUUAGUGUAAAAAUGUAAAUAUGUAUGUUGGUCGAGCUAUAUGGACUGGUUAAUAAUAAUGAAUGAUGGUCGAUUGUUUACCUGGCAUAGAAAAUGUCCAAUUUAUUUUAAAAAACGCAAAUUCACAAGAAUUGUGGAACUCACAAAAACCAAUAACGUAAAGUUUGUAGUUAUUAUAUGAUCAAAUAUAGUCACACACGACGCAUUGUUAUCCAAUUCUGUAAAGAAGAAUUUGGAACACAUUUUCGACGGCUACUUAAUAAAUCAAUAAUCAUAAUGCGUGCAAUUAUUCUUCUUCGUCGACAGCAUAAUUAUGACAUGCUCAGAUUUAUGUAUGUAGUUAUGUAUGAAAAUGUGAGAAAAUGUAUAUUGUAUAUAUGUGUGUACUUAUGUAUGUACAACUUUAUAAUAGUUCUUAUCAUGAAUGGAUAGUCCAUUAAUUAAUUAAGUAAUAAUAAAUUUCUUUAAAUUCUUGCAGAAA